AUGUCGACCAAGGUCGUGUACGAAGGGUGGAUGGUACGAUAUGGGCGGAGGAAGCUCGGCCGGUCCUUUAUUCACAUGCGGUAUUUUGUGCUUGAGUCUCGGCUUCUCGCCUACUACAAGAGGAAGCCCCAAGAUAAUCAGGUUCCGAUCAAGACACUUUUAAUUGAUGGAAACUGUAGAGUGGAGGAUCGAGGCUUGAAGACUCACCAUGGGCAUAUGGUAUAUGUUCUGUCUGUUUACAACAAGAAAGAGAAAUACAUUCGAAUUACGAUGGCAGCAUUUAACAUUCAGGAGGCACUAAUAUGGAAGGAAAAAAUUGAAUACGUCAUUGAUCAGCAUCAAGGUUCACAAGUUGCAAAUGGUAACAAAUAUAUUUCUUUUGAAUACAAAUCUGGAAUGGAUAAUGGGAGGACUGCUUCCUCAUCCGACCAUGAAAGCCAGUUUAGUGCCCAGGAAGAUGAAGAUGAUGCCCAUCCAAAUUUGUCGCGGAGAACAACAAUUGGAAAUGGUCCUCCAGAAUCAAUAUUUGACUGGACGAGAGAAUUAGAUUCAGAUCUGUCAAACCAGAGUAACAACAACCAAGCAUUUUCGAGAAAGCACUGGCGUCUCCUCCAAUGCCAAAAUGGCCUGCGCAUUUUUGAAGAACUUCUUGAAGUAGAUUACCUUCCAAGGAGCUGUAGUAGAGCCAUGAAGGCUGUUGGAGUGGUGGAGGCUACUUGUGAAGAAAUUUUUGAGCUUGUGAUGAGCAUGGAUGGAACACGGUUUGAGUGGGAUUGCAGUUUCCAGUAUGGUAGCUUAGUUGAGGAGGUUGAUGGACAUACAGCAGUACUUUAUCAUAGGCUUCAGCUAGACUGGUUCCCAAUGUUUGUGUGGCCUCGUGACCUUUGCUAUGUGCGCUAUUGGCGUCGAAAUGAUGAUGGAAGCUAUGUUGUGUUAUUUCGUUCUAGGGAGCAUGAGAACUGUGGUCCACAGCCAGGAUAUGUGCGGGCACAUAUUGAGAGUGGGGGUUUCAACAUUUCCCCUCUAAAACCUCGAAAUGGGAGACCUAGAACUCAGGUGCAGCAUCUGAUGCAGAUUGAUCUGAAAGGAUGGGGUGUGGGUUAUGCCCCAUCCUUUCAACAGCAUUGUCUCCUUCAGGUGUUAAAUAGUGUUGCUGGACUACGUGAGUGGUUUUCCCAAACAGAUGAAAGGAAUGCUCCUCCAAGAAUCCCUGUGAUGGUCAAUAUGUCCUCAGCUUCUGUUUCUUCACGAAAGGGGCAAAAGUUGCAUGAUUCUUCUAUUAAUUCUGCAAACAGAAAUUCUGUGAUGAUGGAUGACUACUCGGAUGAGGAUGAAGAAUUUCAAAUUGCUGAGGCUGAACAAGAGGCAUACCAAAAUGGCCUUGAGAACGAUAUGAAGAAGACAGCUGUAGAAGAAGAACCGGCCGAUCAAAUUGAUUUAUCCUGCUUCUCUGGUAAUCUACGGCAUGAUGACCAUGAUAAGGCUCGUGAUUGCUGGAAAGUUUCUGAUGGGAACAAUUUCAGAGUUCGUAGCAAGCAUUUUUGUUAUGAUAAGACCAAGAUUCCUGCAGGGAAGCAUCUAAUGGAUCUCGUUGCUGUUGAUUGGUUCAAAGACACAAAAAGAAUGGACCAUGUUGCUCGGCGUCAAGGAUGUGCAGCACAAGUUGCUUCAGAGAAAGGGCUUUUCUCUAUCGUCUUUAAUCUGCAAGUGCCGGGGUCAACACAUUACAGUAUGGUAUUUUAUUUUGUAACUAAAGAAUUAGUACCUGGAUCCCUCUUGCAACGGUUUGUUGAUGGCGACGAUGAAUUUCGUACUAGUAGACUGAAGCUUAUUCCAUCUGUUCCAAAGGUCAAUAGAGUCAAGAAGCUUCUCAGAAGCAUCCAUCUGCCCCGCAUAUCCCAGCAUAGGAUAUCUUCAUAUCCUCUUGCGAGAUUAAGUGUGGCUGUCAGCCUGUCAGCAAAGAGAUGGUGUCCCACAGCUCUAGAAAUGGUUCGUGGAUUGUCCGCCAGAGUGUUGGGAGCACCCCCUUGUUUGUUGGGAAAAGCUGUUGAUUGCAACUAUAUCCGUGGUCCUAAGUAUUUAGAAAUUGAUGUGGAUAUUGGUUCGUCUACUGUUGCUAAUGGGGUUUUGGGGCUGGUAAUUGGCGUAAUUACCACAUUGGUGGUUGACAUGGCUUUCCUUGUACAGAUAUGGUUUCACAUUAGGCUUUCCUAUCAUGCCCUGAAGCAGCCAACAGAGUCAUCUCCACCUGCUACAUGUGAUGAAACUGUUCUCUAG